AGAAUGUUCGGCUUCUUGUUGGGUACACUUUGUGUUUCUCUAGCUAUUCUUGGAGCACAAUCAGCUAAAUGCACAGCUAAAAGUGGAGAUAUUAGUGCUCGGUGGCAGGUUGUGGAUGGAGAAUUAACUGUCGAAGUUACCACAAAAAACGUUGGAAACAAUGAAUGGUCAGCAGUUGGAUUUGGACCUGAUAUGAGCGAUCUAAUCGUUGUCAUUUUCCAAGUGGUAGACUUUAAGCCAAGCCUUGUGACUGGAACGACUCAGGGAUACGGAGCACCUGCACUCGAUGCUUCUCCAUCUGUCACUCUUCAAUCUCUCGAUUAUAACAGCAACACCCUCGUGGCUCGAUUUGCUCGCCCAGUUGGCUCCCUCUCCACAUGCACAACAUGGAAUUUCGUCACCGAAGGAUCCAUCGAAGACGGAUCAAUUGGAUAUCACAAUGCUGCUCCACACACUGUGGAAAUUUGUGCCAACAAGUGUACCCGCAAGAUCUUUAACUAACUUCUUUCUCUCUUUUGCUCACUCCAUUUUUAUAAUAAUUUGGGAUUCUGUUUUUGCUUGGAAAAAUAAAAAUAAACCUAUGGCUUUGCUAUCCAGGAACUCUCGGGUAUACCAGAAAUGCAAGAGUGCUCUACUGACAAGUGUUCUGUGUAAUCCACGUGGAGAAAAAUAGAAAAAAAACCCACAAAAAUGACGAUUUUGAUUUUUAAAAAAUUUCGGAAACACGGGGUUCUGGCCUUCCUCAUUGAAUUUUUCGCCCUCCAUUGACAAUCCUGCCGGACAACGCGUGGGAAAGCCGUGUACUCCACACGGACAAAUACAUUUAGUUUUACAACUAAAACCGAGCCGCGACGCGACACGCAACGCGCCGUAAAUCUACCCCAGAUAUGGCCGAGCCAAAAUGGCCUAGUUCGGCAAACUCUUCCAUUUCAAUUUAUGAGGGAAGCCAGAAAUCCGUAACGGAAACUCUGAAAAAUUCGAUUUUCCCGCCAAAAAAACUUGCGUGUGAAAUCCGAUGUAUUAACUCCGCCCCUCUCAAUGCACCAUACUUUACGCGCAAGUUUUCAGUUCUUCAACGCCCAGCCAUUAAAUGGACCAUCUGUGUCGAACCUCGGCAGCCCGGAAAUUCAAUUGACGGACGUGUGCCCGAAUGAGUGUACAGGAGUAUUUACGGAACGCGACGUGGCAUAUGAUCCAGUACCACAGGCUGCCAUAUAUAAUAAUAGAAUUUCGAAUCGAUUCAACGGAAUUUUUGAUCCAUCGGCUGCUUUUUAAAAAUAACUUUUUUUCUUCUUGAUCUCGUCAAUAAAUGUUUUAUUUU